UGCAACUUUGGCUUAGAACAUUUCCUUAUGGAAAGGCUUGCAUUGCAUUGCAUAGAUCUACAUGUAUAUGCUCUCGCCAUUGAUCCGUCGGACACCAGGAGAUUGUUCGGCAUUGGGUCUAAUACCAUACUCGUCUACAUACGGCUGAUGAGGAUAUAAUCAUAUUAUAGUUGAUCAUGUACGGCGCGGUCCUCCGUUGCGCCGGGUGGCUUGAAUCGAAUAGUUCCCGAGUGAUCCCGAGACAGCAACGGCAUUUGCGGUUUCUAUCUUGGACGUUAUCGAUACCGAUAUCACGAUAUGCAACGAGAAUAAGCCUUGGACAUCAACGGCUGGGCUGCCGAUUAUAUACGCACCAAGCCGAACCCGCAGUAGAAUUAGGCGGGCCCCAGCAAAGUCAGAUUCUCACCCACCCACAGGCGUAUUCACGCACAAAGUCGCACAGGCAAACUCCCCUUCACACGUGUUCGGUGGUUUCUCCCGUGUCGACCGUGCCUUUCGUGGACGCCGCUAUUCGGACUGCCCCUCCUCACAACCCGACAGCCCACUUCUUAUACAGAGACUGCCUCUCAGUCAACAAACGACGAAAUAUCUUUGCUUCAACCUCUGUUGUCGAGUCUAAGUCUUUAUCUUUCAUUAACUCAUUCUCACAUCAGAAAAGACUCUUUUCUUCGACUACAAUGGUUGCUGCAAAGCUCGAUGGCAAUGCCAUUGCCAAGUCGAUCCGAGAGAAGCUCUGCGCCGAGGUUACUGAGAAACAGAAGCUCAACCCUAGGUUUAAGCCAUGCCUCAAGAUCAUCCAAGUGGGUGAUCGUUCAGACUCCUCUACCUAUGUUCGCAUGAAGCUCAAGGCUGCCGCAGAGGCUGGUAUCGACAGCCAACUGCUGCAUUACCCUGAGUCUAUCACGGAGGCGGAGCUUCUCGAUCAUAUCCGUCGAUUCAACCAUGAUCCUGCCGUUCACGGUAUCCUAGUCCAGCUCCCUCUUCCUAAGCACAUCUCUGAGUAUACUGUCACAUCUUUUGUAGCAGAUGAGAAGGAUGUUGAUGGUUUUGGCACCAAGAACAUUGGGGAGCUGGCCAAGAGGGGCGGCAAACCUCUUUUCGUACCCUGCACGCCCAAGGGUGUCAUGAUACUUCUCAAGGAGUCGGGGAUUGACCUGAAGGGAAAGAAUGCAGUUGUUCUUGGGAGAAGCGACAUUGUCGGUAGCCCCGUGAGCUACCUGUUGCGAAACGCUGACGCUACUGUCACCGUUCUGCAUUCCAAAACGCAAAACAUUGAGGAGUACGUCAAGAAUGCAGACGUCGUUGUUGCUGCUAUUGGCCAGCCUCUGUUCGUCCAGGGCAGCUGGAUCAAGCCUGGUGCCGUCGUCAUUGACGUUGGAACCAACUUUUUGCCUGAUGCCACCAAGAAGUCUGGUCAACGACUUGUUGGCGAUGUCGACUACGCUGCCGCAGUCGAAGUUGCAUCCGCCAUCACCCCCGUUCCUGGCGGAGUUGGACCCAUGACUGUUGCUAUGUUGAUGCAGAAUGUCGUCGAUGCUACAACGUGGUAUUUCGAGUCUCAGAAGCUUCGAAAGACCAUCCCCCUACCCCUGAAACUAGAGGAUCCCGUUCCUUCAGAUAUCGCUGUGUCACGAGCGCAAACACCUAAGGACAUCACACGCAUUGCUGCCGAAGUCGGCAUCGCUCCCCACGAGCUGGAACCUUAUGGCGCAUACAAGGCCAAGGUUGACCUCGGUCUUCUGCAACGACUGGAGCACCGUCGAAACGGCCGUUAUGUCGUUGUCACUGGCAUUACCCCAACACCCCUGGGCGAGGGCAAGUCUACCACAACUAUGGGCUUGGCUCAGGCUCUCGGAGCUCAUGUUGGACGUUUGACUUUUGCCAACGUUCGACAGCCCAGUCAGGGCCCUACCUUUGGUAUCAAGGGAGGUGCUGCUGGAGGAGGCUACAGUCAGGUCAUCCCCAUGGAUGAAUUCAACAUGCACCUCACUGGUGAUAUCCAUGCCAUUACCGCCGCCAAUAACUUGUUGGCUGCUGCUAUUGAGACUCGAAUCUUCCACGAGAAUACUCAGAAGGACGGACCUCUGUACAAGCGCCUAGUCCCCACAAAGAACGGCGAGAGGAAAUUCGCCCCCGUCAUGUUCCGCCGAUUGAAGAAGCUCGGAAUUGACAAGACCAAUCCUGAUGAACUGACUGAAGACGAGAUUCACCGAUUCGCCAGACUGGACAUCGACCCCGAGACGAUUACGUGGAGACGAGUUCUGGAUGUUAAUGACCGCCACCUUCGAGGAAUUACAGUUGGAACAGCCCCCACUGAGAAGGGCCAAACUCGAGAGACUGGUUUUGAUAUCACAGUUGCUAGCGAGUGUAUGGCUAUUCUGGCACUUAGCAACAGUCUGGCCGAGAUGCGCGAGCGUCUAGGUUCAAUGGUGGUGGCUACAUCACGAAAUGGCGACACUGUCACUGCCGAUGAUAUCGGUGCGGGCGGCGCUCUUACUGCUCUCAUGAAAGAUGCCAUCAAGCCCAACCUUAUGCAGACACUCGAGGGUACUCCUGUAUUUGUCCAUGCUGGUCCUUUUGCUAAUAUCAGCAUCGGUCAGAGCUCCAUUCUUGCUGACAAGCUCGCUCUGAAGCUUGCUGGUACUGAGCCUGACGAGGACCAUGAUGAGAAGGCUGGCUUCGUCGUCACCGAAGCCGGUUUCGACUUUACCAUGGGUGGUGAACGAUUCUUCAACAUCAAGUGCCGUACUUCUGGCCUUACUCCCGAUGUUGUUGUCGUUGUUGCUACUGUCCGAGCCCUCAAGGUUCACGGCGGUGCACCUCCCAUUGCUCCCGGUGCAGCGCUCAGCCCCGUUUACAAGGAGGAGAACGUUGACAUUCUGCGCGCUGGUUGCGUGAACCUGAAGAAGCAGAUUGCCAACGCCAAGUCUUUUGGCAUUCCUGUUGUCGUUGCGAUCAACAAGUUCUCUACCGACACAGAGGCCGAGAUCGCUGUCAUUCGUGAGGAGGCCAUCUCUGCAGGUGCUGAGGAUGCCAUCCUUGCUAACCACUGGGCUGAGGGUGGCAAGGGAGCCGUCGACCUGGCUCAUGGUGUCAUUGCAGCUUCAAAGAAGCCCAAGGACCUGAAGCUGACCUACGAUCUGGAGGGUACUGUUCAGGAGCGCCUUGAGGCUAUCGGCAAGAAGAUGUACGGUGCCGAGAAGGUCGAGUUCAGCGAACUCGCUCAGAAGAAGGUUGACACCUACACACGCCAAGGAUAUGGCCAUCUACCUAUCUGCGUGGCCAAGACACAAUACUCUCUGUCCCAUGAUCCCGACCUGAAGGGUGCUCCUACUGGCUUCACGAUCCCCAUUCGUGAUGUCAGGAUGGCUGCCGGAGCAGGAUACCUGUAUGCCCUUGCUGCUGAUAUUCAGACAAUUCCUGGUCUGCCAACAGCACCUGGCUAUCUCAAUGUUGAUGUCAAUGUCGAGACAGGCGAGAUCGAAGGUCUCUUUUAAACUAAAACAAUCCUGGUGCAUAAUGGAUUUUGUCGGAAGCGAGGUACACGGGACUGUACACCCUCAACUCAACGUGGGAACGGACGGAUGGGAAGGCGAAGCAUUAGGGCGUGGCAUUUCAACAUAUGGUGCGGGACUGGUUAGCGGAUAUCAUCAAUCAUGUGCCUAUUGGCAAUUAAAUCAAGUUUUUGAUUUGGACUAUUUACAGCGUGUCUUGUGUUACCAUCGUGUAAUGAAUGAGUGUCUGGGUCUGAGUUGACUCGACCAGCAUGACAAGCAUGUUUAUUACCGUCAAUGCGAAUGCCAUAGCUGAAGAGGGAUUCUGCCUUGGCUGGAAAUGCAGUCUUAUCAUGCAUACUACGUGGUAGGCGUCGACGGAAUUUGCCAUUGUGCAUGUUGCAUACAGCCACAAAGUUGAAUGGUAGGGCCCAUCUAAUGUCAGGCAAACCGGAAUGGGGUGGUUGGUCAGUAACUACCACCACAAAUAUCAAGCCUUUUUUUUUAUUAGUGUGAGGGUGAGGGUGAGUGUGACUUGACAGCAUCGGCAUUUCCCGUUG